GUUCACUCUCGGCGGCCUGGGAUUCUUACAAUUCAAAUGUGCGCUACGUAUUAUGGUGAAGUAUGAGUAUUGAUAUCGCUUUCUUCUUAUUACUGUCUUUAUAUCUUUGUCCUUCCAAUACCUAUAUCACCUCCUUCCAAUAUACCAUCUCUGUUCGAUGUGCCAUAUCGGUUUGAUAUGCCACCUCCUUCUGAUAUAUCAGCUUUUUCAAUACCAUUACAAUAGAUAUUCCAGACAGGCGCCAUAGUAUCAAUAUUACAUCUUAUCAUAAUGAUGCGAUGCGGUCUGGUCCAAUUUUCACCUUCUAUACAUCUCCCAAAGCCGCAAUUCUUUUUUGACCUUCCAGUUUAUCCUUCACCUUCAGACCGGACUCAAUACAAUCUAUCUAGUCUGUCUCGAAAGUCUUUAUUGUUCUAUUGUCUCUGCUCAAUUCGUCUCGCCGGCAAAAGUCCUACUGGCAAAAUUUUCCUAUUGUACUUGUAAGGUUAAUUCACUCCUGAAAACAACAAUCAGUAGCGAGAAAAUUCUGUUGUCGUUGCAGAACGUUUUUUGGGUCAAUCAAAAUCUUCCUAUUGUCAUAAUUCUCGCUACGAUCAUGGCGGACACAUUGUUGAGAAUGUCAAUAAGAACAAUAGAGUCAAUAGACCUUCUAUUGUCUGGAGAUAGCUUCAAACUCAUCGUGUACUUGGUAGGAUUCUAUCUAUAUCUUUCUCUCCAUGUAUGAUUCGAGAUCUUUCUAUUGUAGCCGUUCAAACGUACACUUCGAACAUACCAACGUCUAAGUUUCACAGCUCUCAAUUGUAGCCCAUACCCAUUUUUUACCAUGAUGUUUACCAAGCCUACCGAAUUUUCCUUUGCAAAUAUGGACGAGGAUUCCGCAAAGAAAGCACUCUCCGUCAUAGCAUCCUUCUUCUAUAUUCAGGACGGUGGAGUUGAGUGGUUGAACGACAACCUUAGCCAAUUUGGUUGCACAGCUGAUGGUUUAGUUAACGAAGCCUUGGUUGAUCCGGAGCUAACACAACACCAAGUCUGUCAAGAUCUCCAUCACGCAUAUCGUCUUCAUAUCAACCCAGAUGACGAAGAUGCUGCUGCAUACGCGAUGCCAGCUUCUACCACCGGUGGCAAAGGCAAGAGUGCGCAUCCGUUCAAUAAACCCUUUGCUUAUGCAGCAAUACAUCCCCAAGUCCUCGUAGAGCAAGCGUUUAAUGUUAGACUUGCAAGAAUUGACGAAGUGCCCGUCGAAGAACAAUCCCUUGGAGAGGUCACCGAGCUGGAAGCUUCUCAUCAAGAAUUUUCUGUUACCGAUCAACUUGUCAAUCAGUUUGAGUACGAAUCUUCGGUCGCCGACUACUCUGAAUACCAAUCCGAGCCAGAGGACCUUGCUAGAGACGUCUCCGAUAUUGUCGACGACGACGACUCUGACGAUGAAGAUUAUGUCGAGAAGUCAGUUACCAACUUCGACGAACUUACCUAUGAGCAACAACUCGCUCUUACCAUCGAAGCCUCUUUAAAGGAGAACGCGCCGCAGAAGCACAACGGCGAAUCUUCUGGUAUCAACAAUCAAUUUACACCGCCAGCUUCUCAGCAAAAGGAAACUGCACCAGCAAGCUGUUCUGGCGGAAAAACAGUCUUAUCUCCAGCCCACUCUUCAAGUGGAAAACAUAUCUUGCCCGCAUCACCACAUACUACCCCGUGCCCAUCUUCUCUUAACCAAAAGCGAGAACAUGACGAUGACGAAUCUCUUGAUAAUAAAGAUUAUACCAAGUCUAUCCUUCGCCCGAUCAAAAGGCUCAAGAAGUCUGUCACCAAAUCAUCUGUUCACACACCAGUUUCUUCGUCUACCUCAGUUACUACUGCUCCAAGUUCUUCUUCCUCAGCCGCUGCAUCUGCCCCCCCCCCUUCUCCGAGCUCUCGCAAAGCAUCCUCAAAACUGCGCAAAAGUGGUCCUACCAAUCAACCCCGUCGCUCUGCCUGGACCGACGACGAAACAUUCAAGCUCUACAAAUGUCUUGUCAAGCGUCGGGAGGUCGAAGCUAAGCUCCCCGAUCUCGUCAAACUCUAUGAUGCUCCUCUCUGGAACCACAUCUCUGAAGAACUUGCUUCUGUACAUGGCAUUCAUCGAGCACCUGGUGGUUGCAAAUCUAAUUGGAAUCGAAACGGACGCGAGUUCUACGACUUUGACGAACGAUCGCUUUUGAAACGCUCGAAGUCUUUGGCUACUAGUGUUCAGGUCCCAAAGAAGAACAGAAAGGGAAAGAAGCCUGCUUCCGUUGAAGAUAUUGAUGAUGAUGAAUAGUUGGUUGUGACUUGGUUCUCGAAUGAGUGUUUUUGCUUUUCUCUGACUCCAUGGGUUUUCAAAGGCUAAUUGGUCAAUUGGUGGUUACUUGAUGGGUUUUUGUUUUGGCUCAUCCUACCUGUUUCAAAGGUGGUUCUUCGAUUACAUGGCGAGUUCCUUGGUUUUUCUUUAGUGUGUUUCUGGAUGAAAUGGCUUUUUAGUAGUCGAUUACAUAUUUGACAGAGGUGAUGGUCUCUUAUCUGUUGAGUCUCGCCAUUGUGGUUGCCAACCCAUUAUUCAUGGUUUGGCUCUAUAUUGUAUAUUUGAAAAAUGUAGCUAAAUAACUUGCUCUCUCGAUCGAUGGAAACGAUUACAUACAAUGGAAUGAUACCA